AUGCAGGAUGUGAAAAAUAUGGAUAUGGCGAACAUCCCACAAGUCAUCCUGCCAGUUAUCUCAGCCUUUCGCCGAAGACGCAAAAACCCCCGCCUCUCAUCCACGGCUGGCAGGGCGCGGCCGCGAGCCGCGGCGGGGCCUCCUGGCGCAUGCGCGAUCUUCUGGAGCAUACGCAGCAGCGGCGCCGACGCGGGGCGGUGCCUGGUGACCGCGAGCUCUCCCGGAAGUGUGCCGGCGUCGCGCGAAGGUUCCGCCGGGAGCCGUGGGCUGGGCGCGCGGUUCUCCGCACGUGUCUCGGCACGUGGCAGCGCGCCUGGCCUUGGGCUUGGAGGCGCUGGCGCCCUGGAUCCGCCGGCUAUGGUCGCCGAGUCGGUGUCGUCCCUGACCAUCGCCGACGCGUUCAUUGCAGCCGGCGAGAGCUCAGCUCCGACCCCGCCGCGCCCCGCGCUUCCCAGGAGGUUCAUCUGCUCCUUCCCUGACUGCAACGCCAAUUACAGCAAAGCCUGGAAGCUUGACGCGCACCUGUGCAAGCACACGGGGGAGAGACCAUUUGUUUGUGACUAUGAAGGGUGUGGCAAGGCCUUCAUCAGGGACUACCAUCUGAACCGCCACAUUCUGACUCACACCGGAGAAAAGCCGUUUGUUUGUGCAGCUAAUGGCUGUGAUCAAAAAUUCAACACAAAAUCAAACUUGAAGAAACAUUUUGAACGCAAACAUGAAAAUCAACAAAAACAAUAUAUAUGCGGUUUUGAAGAUUGUAAGAAGACCUUUAAGAAACAUCAGCAGCUGAAAAUCCAUCAGUGCCAGCAUACCAAUGAACCUCUAUUCAAGUGUACCCAGGAAGGAUGUGGGAAACACUUUGCAUCACCCAGCAAGCUGAAACGACAUGCCAAGGCCCACGAGGGCUAUGUAUGUCAAAAAGGAUGUUCCUUUGUGGCAAAAACAUGGACGGAACUUCUGAAACAUGUGAGAGAAACCCAUAAAGAGGAAAUACUAUGUGAAGUAUGCCGGAAAACAUUUAAACGCAAAGAUUACCUUAAGCAACACAUGAAAACUCAUGCCCCAGAAAGGGAUGUAUGUCGCUGUCCAAGAGAAGGCUGUGGAAGAACCUACACAACUGUGUUUAAUCUCCAAAGCCAUAUCCUCUCCUUCCAUGAGGAAAGCCGCCCUUUUGUGUGUGAACAUGCUGGCUGUGGCAAAACAUUUGCAAUGAAACAAAGUCUCACUAGGCAUGCUGUUGUACAUGAUCCUGACAAGAAGAAAAUGAAGCUCCAAGUCAAAAAAUCUCGUGAAAAACGGAGUUUGGCCUCUCGUCUCAGUGGAUAUAUCCCUCCCAAAAGGAAACAAGGGCAAGGCUUAUCUUUGUGUCAAAACGGAGAGUCACCCAACUGUGUGGAAGACAAGAUGCUCUCGACAGUUGCAGUACUUACCCUCUGCUAAGAACUGCACUGCUUUGUUUAAAGGACUGCAGACCAAAGAGCGAGCUUUCUCUCAGAGCAUACUUUUCUUUAUUAAAAUUACUGAUGCAGAA